GAAGCUUCUCCGCUUUCUUUUCGGCAGCUGGCGUGAGGUUCUGGAAUUCCAACAUGGCAGUAGAUGUGGUCAGUAUUUCUAUAGUGGUCAGUCUCUCCAGCCCUGACUUGGAAGCAUUCCAGAACAUCACCGACUCGGAGUAACCCUCAUCCCCCGCUCUGAGCAGCACGGCUGGACGCUGUCGCCGUUCUCCGGCGCUGAACAGUUUGGUGUUCCUGUCCGCUCAAAGCACUGUUUAUUUGCAUGUGGUGCGUGUCCUCCAACUUACUGGAAACUCUUCACGCUUUGUGGAAACCACUGAAGUGAGCCUUUCGAUCCUUUCUGUCACUCUCAAUCACCUAGCUGAUGUCAAGCAAUAUGAUCAGCGGUGUAUAUGGCGUGACCAUGCAGUGGAGCCCUGAGCAGUCCCAGUGGGCGGAGCAACACUAUGACAUCACCUCCACCACUCGUUCACCAGGGCAUAAGAUCGAAGCACUUAGGGAUCCAAGGCUAACAGGUUCGACCUCAGCUACAGUGUAUCAACAUUCGUGGGCAAACGAUGACAUUUCAGCUCUGACAGCUUCUAACCUGCUCAAGAGGUAUGCAGAGAGAUAUUCUGCCAUUCUGGAUCUACCCUGUGAGAGUGGACUUAUGGGAUACCCAGACACAGCCAUCUCCGUUAGCGUUAGAGGACCCAGUGUGAUGAAUAACGGGCCGCCCCUUCUUAAUGGACGGAAAGUGGAGGCAGAGCCUUGGCUGGAAAGUGUCUACCCUCCGUUGGGUUGUGUCCCCGAGCUUCUUCCCAAAGCACCACUCAGUGUGACGGAUGUGUCUGUCAGUGCAUGUAACUCACCAGUUAUAGGCAGUGGGAGUCUUACGGAGCCUUGUUUCUCCAGCAGUAGUUGUAACAGUCAGUCUGGGAAUCAGGAGUACAGCAGCACUCCCUACAGCACUCCCUUCCUGCAGCCUGUAGGCACUUACGGUGGCUCUCUUUUCCACCCUACCCCUUCCCAUGCCAGUCUGGUAUCAACCUACAAUGCUAACACCUCACCAAACUUAGCUGCAUACAGUUACCCUAACCCCCGUUACCCCUCACAGGCCGUUCUUCCUGCUGGCUACAGUCCUCCCCCUCCUCCUUCGGCAUACCUACCUGCAGGUAUAACUCCUCCUAACCCUCUUACAGCUGUGGGAUACUCAUACCCAGCCACCAGUGUCUCUGAAAGCGAUGCCCCAAGUGCUAGCAGCCUUUCCAAGUCGUAUUACCCAUCAACUCAGAGCGAGAUUGGAGUGUUUGAGGAAUUUGAUUUUGGCGGCAACUCUAAUUCAGACUCUAGGUCUGAAGGCAGCCCCCUAUACAGACCUUCAGGAGAUGAAACGGUAGACAAGCAAAAUGGUUUCAACCGAUCGGCUGAUGUAACAUCUUCAUCGUUCAAGCCAGCUAAUCACGGAGACUCUUUAAGAAGCUUGGAGAAUCUCACGGUAGCCAUGAGCGGACGGAACAAUGGUACAUCUGGACAACACUUCCCAUCUACCUCAACUUCUGUUGUCACUUCUCAUCAACAUCUCUGCCUUGACACAAACACACCUUGAGCGGCUGUGCUCACACUCAACCAGAAGUGCUUGAGCUGAUGAAGUGUGAGUGCUCCCCCUAGUGGAUCGGAGGUAGAGGGACUUGCUCAAAGCCAUAGAGUUGGGGUUCAGUGCAAAGGGGGCCUCAAAAUACUGGUGCAGUAGGGGAAUUCUGCCCAGAAGGUUUCUCCAUUCUGGAAAGAGGACAAUGAUGCUUAUGCCCCUCCUAGCUGAGUUUAACAGGUCACUGUGAGACACUGACCUCUUCACUCUGAUGGAACGGACAGACCAGUAUAUCUUCCAUGAUGGACGCAUAUAUCUGAGGGAUGAGAGGGAUGGAAAGAUUUCACUCCUUCAUUCCAAAAGAUAGUAGAGUACAUCAAGGGAAUUUAUAUAUCUAAUGGAUGCGUUGCGGCUGCAUUGGGGACAAGGAGUCACGGUAACAGAUGUGGUGGUUGGACACUAGCUUUGGUUGACCGUAUUGCCAUGGUGUACAUUCUGAGUGUGCGUGUGUGUUUGUGGCCUUGUAAUGGUUAUUUAUGUGGUGAGCUUUAAUUGUAAAUCCUGUUCCCCUCUUUCCACAGGAGAAUGACAAAUCCUGAUUGUUUUAAAAAAUCCAUGUGCGUGAGUGUGGGAGAGAUAGAUAAAACCUCAGGAAAGUGUCUGUCAGAUAAAUGGCGUAUAUGCCUGUGUGUCUAACAUAGAAGAAGAGGGCGUUUUCACGUACCGUCCUUAGAACAAACCCAAUUCAAUUGACUUGAAACCAGGUGGUCCAAAGCAAAAUGUUUUUGUAUGCACUUUUGCUGCAUUUUAAUAGAGGAUACAAGAUCAUUCUAUGAAAUAUUAUGCAAAAUUUUUUUUCAGUCCUUUAGGUUCUUAAAGCUGCUGCGUGUAGUUUUUUUCCUGUGAGAAAUUACAUUCUCCUUUCGUAGGUUAAUAUGCAGACGUAACAGUCAGUUAUUUGUAUGUUUGUUCCCAAAAAUGUAAUCACUGUGGUUCUGUGGCGCUUUGUUUGAGUGUCCCAACCAACCGACAAUGGGCUUAACGAUUGGUGUGAAUUUGGUGGCGAGACAUGUCAAGUGGAGGAGAAUGUUUGAAUUAAAAAUCUUUAUUUUUAUAAUUCCAAAUGAAAUUACAAACUGCAGCUUUAAUAUUUGCUGUUCGAUUAAAAUGUGUAGUAGAUAAAAAUUACAGUGCUGUUCAGUUUUUUUCCACCAAUUUCUGCUGUUGUCUCAAUGUUGUAGACUAUCUUUGUCUAAAUGUUGAGUGAAACAUUACUGCAGACAUAAAAACAAAUGGAAUUCAGACUAUUCCGGCUACUUCCUGAGACGGUCCUGGCCUGCUUGGCCACCAAAAAUAAAACAUUGCCUUAAGGGCCAAGUGUGAAAAUGCUCAGUGAGAAGGAGAGCGCAUGACUUUGCGUGUUUGUCUUCACUUUAGAUUUUGUGCAUUUUUAAAAGUAGAGUUUACUUUAUCCCAAGCACUGGAAAUAUGUUUGGCUGAGCUCACUACAAAUCUUUCUGUUUACUUCCUUUCCCUUCUUUGUGAACCCCGUCAAGGGGAAUUAAGAUAUUAUACUUAUUUAUGAAAGUCGAUCACCAAAGCAGCAGUGUGGGAGCCAAAUCACAAGGAAAUGUUCAGCCAAAAUCACUCCCUCUGUGUGAAUACUUUUUUGCCGGUUUUAUUUCUGUCCAGUUUCAGUGCAAGAGGGUAUGUUGGCUUCAUUCCAGGAGACAAAUGGAAGGAAUUCCUUGAAAAGGCUGCUUAAAGAUCCAUCAGGUCAAAAUUGAAUUGUGAAUUGAACCAAAUCGGCUGAACUGAAUGGAAAAAACCCCAAUCAUGAUGAUGAAUCACGCUCUGCAAUGGAGCGCAUCAUUGUUUCCGUGGUAUUACUGUGUUAUCACAUGCUCAGUCUGUUCAUAACUUUCCUGUUGAUCGCAAACUUUAAGCUAAAAUGUGAGAGUUAUUUAAGUUAUUGUAUAGUUUUUGAAUGAUUAGGACAUAAACCAGUACACUUUUUCUUACUUUACCACCCACAUUUAUAAUUGUCUAGAUGAAAGCACAGGCAUUAUUUAAAUGGGUUUUUUUUCAGCUGUUUGCCAAAAGUGCCAUUUAUAUUUCUUUGUUUUUAAAAAGAAAUGUUUCUUCCACAUCACGAUUUAAUAUUGUGGUCAUUUGGAGGGUUUACCUGUUUUAUUCUGUCGACAGAAAUUCUGUCUUUUCUGUUUUGUCUUGAUCAUUUUGAAAAUUAGGAGAAUUAUUAAAUGAUCAAUAUCACAUCAGUUCCUGAUCUGUCGUCUUAUUAAAAGGGUUUAAAAAUUUAGAAGUAAGGCAUUAAGAGGCUUGUUUGCCUUUUCACAUAAUUUUAGUAGAUAGUUCUAAAUUCAUUAGUCUGUAGCAUUUUAUGCAAAACUCAAUUCCUAAACCUAGUGAGCACACUCUCAAACAGCCAACAUCGUACAUUAAAAUUUGUGUACACGCGCUAUGUUUUUUGUUAUGAAGUAGUUAGCAACAUGCUAACCUCACUAUUUACAUACCAAGUCUGAGUGUUUCUGAUGAUCCAUUUGAGGUUGAAUUAUUAGGAUGUUGCUUAUGUAGGCAACCAGUCUGCUUGCCAGGUUUUGGAACCGAGUUAUUGUCAACUUUUGGCAACCAAUAAAAGACUCAGCUGUAAUUGGAAAAAUGUUGGAAGAAUCCUGAUGUACCCAAACCCCUCGUAUUCUGUACUUUUUUUCUUUCUUUUUACUUUUUUACUACAGAAUGUGACGUAUAACCAAACUGAAUUAAUGGGUCCUCAAAUAAUCCUUGUGUACAGCAGAGGUGAGAAUGGAAAACUGUACAUCAUAAUCAUAUCAUAAGGUUGAUUUCCACAUGAACAAAACCUUGGCCAGAAACCUCUGAAAUCCUGUAGUGUUUGCAGUAAUGGUGCACUAAACUAUCUAAAGGUGUUUUGUUGUAUACACCAAGACUUGGACAGCUGUGUUUGGUAUUUCUGAGUGCUGGAAUUGGUAUUAAAGGUGAAUUACAACCACACAUGAUGUUACACUGUGUUAAUACCACAUUUAGUGGUUUAGUGACUCCUUUCUCCAUUUCAAAAUACAGCAUUUUACAGCGUAUGUUCUCAAUAUAUAAAAUACAGUUACAGUUAGAACUGAUUUGUGAGUUAUUGCGGUCAAAAAGAGAGAGCGUGUGUUGCCAUAUUCUCAAUCGACUCUAUUGUGUUUGUUUUCAUGACUUUUGGAGUAUUGUAAACAAUUUGCUAAUUAAAUAUGUUUAUCUUAAGGCUUUGUUUGCUGUGUUCAAUGGAUUUGAAACGCUGCUUGUGGGGUUUACUUUUUGGACAAACACAGAAACAUUCAAGUAAACAUUUAUGCUAUAAGUGCACAAAUAUAGGUGUGAAUCAAUUUUUUUUAGAAAUAGUGUUUGGGUUAUGCUUAGUCUGUACUAAUUAGCUGUGGUAUGCAAAAGUUUGAGCACCCCUUGCAGAAUCUGUGAAAAAUCUUAACAAAAUAAGAGGGAUUAUACAAAAUGCAUGUUAUUUUUUGUUUAGUAUUGCCUUGAGUAAGAUACUUUACACAGAACAUGUUUACAUAUAGUCCACAAGGCAAAAUAAAUAGUUAUUAAAAUAACCCCCCUCAAAAGUUUGGGAACCCUUAGUUGUUAAUACUGUGUGUACCUGAAUGAUCUACAAUCUUUUGUGACGGUUGUUCGUUAGUCCCUUGUUUGUUCUGAACAAUUAAAACUGAAAACUGUUCUCCAUGUCCUGCAGAUUCUUCAGUUUUCCAUCAUCUUUUAUAUAUUUGAACCCUUUCCAACAGUUACUGUAUGAUUUUGAGAUCCAUCUUGUCACACUGAGGACAGUAUAGGGACUCAAACACAACUAUUUUAAAAAGCUCAAACAUUCACUGAUGCUCCAGAAGAAAACAAGAUGAGAUAAGAGCAGGGGGGUGAAAACAUUUGAACAGGAUGAAUGUGUUUUCACAGAUUCUGCAAGGGGUGCCCAAAUUUUUGACUCUCUCUCUUUGACUUCACUACU